GCAAUAAGCAUUUUAUCUAGCAAGUACAUUCUUGAUGGAUUUCCAAGGACUGUGGUCCAAGCACAAAAGCUUGAUGAAAUGCUGGAAAAGAAGGGAGUCAAAGUUGAUAAGGUGCUCAACUUUGCAAUUGAUGAUGCAAUCUUAGAGGAGAGAAUUACUGGUCGCUGGAUACACCCAUCCAGUGGUAGAACCUACCACACCAAAUUUGCACCUCCCAAAGUUCCAGGAUCUGAUGAUGUUACUGGAGAACCUUUGAUUCAGCGCAAGGAUGAUACUGCAGCAGUUCUCAAAUCAAGGCUGGAGGCAUUUCACAAGCAAACUGAACCAGUUAUUGAUUAUUAUUCCAAGAAGGGCAUUGUUGCCAAUCUUCAUGCAGAAAAAGCUCCCAAAGAGGUCACAACUGAGGUUCAGAAGGUGCUCACUUCGUGAAAGCAGCCUCCCUUUUACUUAUAAAUGGAUUGCUUUCUUAGAAAGCAUUGUAUUUUUUUCCCCAUUUUUCUGAUACAAGGUUGAAUUUUUCAACUGAUCUGAUUCACUUGACUUGAUUUUCCAAAUUGCACACGAUGGCUGCUGUCAACUUUUUGAGGUUUAAUCAAGUAACCCAUACAUAAUAUAAAUGCGUGGAACUGCACGCUGGUGAUAUACAUUUUUUGCGUUGUUGACAA